UUCCCACCGGUUUGAAGAAGAAGAUAAGCAGCAAUGUAACGCAUCGUUUGCAAACUUUAAAAAAAAGGCGUAGAGUGCUUGAGGCUUUGGUGACAGAUGUCGCAAAUCACUGUCCUCGAACACUCGCUGAAUACAGCAGGAACUAACGCUUCCUAACCUGUACUUACGUUUAAUCCCAGAGGGAAGACCAGCGAGCUAUCCGCAGAGGUUUUGGUUUGAGCGUGAACUUGGACUUGAACUGCACAGUUCACUAGCUUAUUUGCAUCCGCACGGCCCACGUGAGGUAAUUCGAUAACUUCAAAGUUUCGCCAGUGUCAACAAAGCAGAAAACCAUGGCUGAUAAGGAUGUCAUCAGCGACCCUACCCAGGCGGCGGAACUGAAGAAGAAGAGGACGUUCCGUACCUACUCAUACCGUGGCGUUGAACUUGAUAAACUUCUUGAUAUGAAGAAUGAGGAUCUUGUGAAGCUCGUUCACGCUCGUGCACGCAGACGGUUCCAGCGCGGUUUGAAGCGCAAACCAAUGAGUCUCAUUAAGAAGCUUAGAAAGGCAAAGAAGGAAGCCCCUCCAAAUGAGAAGCCUGCCGUUGUGAAGACUCACCUCCGUGACAUGAUCAUUGUCCCAGAGAUGAUUGGGUCGGUCAUUGGCAUUUACAAUGGGAAGGUUUUCAACGCGGUUGAGAUCAAGCCUGAGAUGACUGGGCAUUACCUUGGCGAAUUCUCCAUCUCAUAUAAGCCUGUUAAGCACGGUCGCCCCGGUAUUGGUGCCACCCACUCGUCACGAUUCAUUCCUCUCAAGUAAAAGAAUUGUGUACUUCUGGGGCUUAUUGAAGUUCGGCUUUAUGUUCAUAUGCCAUGCUCGACCUUCACAGCUUAUGCACGCGACUUAAUACAAGAUUUCAUUCUCUACCACCCGAAUUGAUUCAUAUCUGGGUGCUUGUUGAGGUUGAAUAUUCUCCAUGCUGGAUUAACCCAAUGUAAAGUGGGCGCCUUUUGAGCGGUGAAAUUAUGAGGGACUUUUGGUAUGGGAGAGUGGAU